GUGUGACUAAUCGUUCUUCGUGUAGUCAGCAAGCGUCUGUUACGGAAUCGGUAAUAUACUGUAUAAUCGAAUUAUUCAACCGGGCUGUCGUCUUGAGGAUGAAGACCUUGAUCGCGUUCGACUUUGAUCACACGAUUGUGGAUGACAACAGCGACACAUGGGUGAUCAGAUCAACUCCCGACCAGUGUUUACCCGACUGGCUGAAACAGUCGUAUCAAAAAGGCCGCUGGACCGAAUAUAUGGGUCGAGUCUUGACCUACAUCGGAGACCAGUCGGUCCACCCGGACCUUAUGCGCGCGGUCAUGGAGAGCAUCCCGUUCACGGAGGGCAUGAUCGAGCUGUUGACCUUCAUAUCAGAUAAUAAGAAAGAUUUAGACUGUAUCAUAGUCUCUGAUUCAAACACUCUCUUCAUAGAUUGGAUUUUGCAUGCAUCAGGGAUGCAGUCCGCUGUAGACGAUGUCUUCACCAACCCCGCAAGCAUUGACGCACGGGGAUAUAUGAGCGUGCGGUGCUUUCACGCACACGACUGCCAGCAGUGUCCUGUAAACCUGUGCAAGAGGAAAGUGCUCAACGAUUUCAAAGAAAAUCAAGCUAAAGCUGGUGUGUACUAUGAGAGGAUUUGCUAUAUAGGAGACGGAGGGAAUGACUUUUGUCCCAGUAAUGAUUUAAAAGAAGGGGACAUUGCAAUGCCUAGGAAAGGAUAUACACUAGAAAAUCUGUUGUGCAAGGCCAGUUCAGAGGGUUCAGCAACACCAAGAGCCAAAAUUAUACCCUGGUCCAAUGGCAAUGAAAUCCUACAAGAAUUAAGAGCUUUGAUUUAGUAAUACAGUAUUAUUGGCCAUACAGUGACAAACUUCAGGUUGACUCAACCAUGUAUUAAAAAGCACCUCCAUGCAGCAAAUGAAUAGGCUUGAAUGGCAUGACCUGGUCGCUUAAGAAUAUGUAACAUUUUACCUAUUGGUUUACUUUUAAGUUUACACCAGUGUCUCAGGGAUUUUAAUUAACUUUGAUUUUGAGUGAUGUUAAAAAACAAAUAGGUCAUUUAAUAUGUAACCCAUUCAGGUUUGUCCUAGAGCAUUAAAACAAACACAAUAACGUGAAUGUUUCCGCAUGUUGGUUAUAUGUUUGUCUGUCAAAAUAUGCAGGUGGAUGAGCACUUCUUAAUAAACUCUAAAUUGUUGUAGUGUAACCUGCCUGUAAUGGAAUCUUGUCCUGUGUGGUUUGCAUGCACAACAAAAAACACGGGACAGACCAUUACUGCACAACUAACUUGACAAAUAAAAAAGGAUAUUGUAACUUAUGUGUGAUACUGACACAUGGUGCAAUUGGGUCAGUUGUGAUUUAGAUGACUUGGGACUUGCAGUGUAUGAACGACAAAGAUAUUUAAGAUAUUCUUCAUUCGCCUACAUAACAUGCAUGUACCGAAAGACCUGACUAUAUGCAAGAGAGAUCCAAAAUGUCUCUGCUUUUUCUAUACCGCAUGGACACCACCAAGGCCCUCAACACAGUUUGGAUUUUAAGUGACAGAAGAACAGUGUUUUUAAUGAUGUGGGAUUGGAACUCUACUGUUCUGUCUUUCUGUAUGUCUCAUGACCAUGUGAUUAAAUCAAACAAAUGAGUGGAAUAAAAAAUAAAAAAAACUUUAA